CGAUGAACAUCCUACACACUGUAGCAUCCAAUUUGCAAUCCAGCACGACCAGUCCUAUUAUCAGUUGACAGGCCGGUGUCCGCCUGACUCCUUUAACACUUUCCUCAAACAACGAAGAAAUGCGACAUUCCUCUUCAUUCUCUCUCCACCGUAUCGCCGCCGCCUUCGUAGACGCUCCUCUCACCUCCGCCGUGACAAUGUCCACCACUACUCGACCUCCGUUCCGAGGGGGCCGAGGCCGCGGUCGUGGCCGCCGAAGCUUCUCCGACCGUCCUUCCGCCGUCUCCGGCGAAGCUCAUUUUCAACCUGCUCGUGAUUCCAACUCCUCUUUACAUCAGAGUGGCGAUUUUCGCUCAAUUAAUAACUCAAACAGCAAUUCUCAAAAUUACAAUUCUCCGUCAAAUAGUAGUCGUGGUGGCAAUAAUUUCAGAGGUAGACAGCAACCUUACACCCGGAGGCACAAUCAACAACCAGGAGUUAUGGUCCAGCGGCCGAAGCCGGCGGAUUAUCGGACUUGGGAGUUUCCUAGGCUUCCACCCCCUCCCCAUUCCGAACGGUUUGUUGUUCUCUCAUAUAAUAUACUUGCUGAUUACCUUGCUAAUAGCCAUCGGAAGCUGUACUUUCACAUCCCACGCCGAUUAAUGAGUUGGGAGUGGCGAAAGAGCAACAUACUUUUUGAGCUUCGGUUGUGGUCACCAGACAUAAUGUGUUUUCAGGAAGUUGACAAAUUUCAUGAUUUGGAGGAGGAGUUGAGGCUUCGUGGGUAUAGCGGCAUAUGGAAGAUGCGAACUGGUGAUCCAGUUGAUGGGUGUGCUAUCUUUUGGCGAACGACAAGGUUCAGGUUGGUAUAUGAAGAGUGCAUUGAGUUCAAUAAACAUGGAUUGCGGGACAACGUUGCUCAAAUUUGUGUGUUAGAGUCAUUGAUAACAAAUCAGAGUGGAAAUCUGUUGGCGUCAUCAACAAGCCAAAACGCUCCUAAUAGAGUCGUCAUAUGUAACAUUCAUGUGCUUUAUAAUCCAAGAAGAGGAGAAAUGAAGCUUGGACAGGUCAGGAUACUUCUUGAAAGGGCUCAAGCAGUAUCAAGGACGUGGGAUGAUGCUCCAGUAGUCCUAUGUGGUGAUUUUAAUUGCACCCCAAUGAGUCCAUUAUACAACUUCAUAUCUGAGCAGAAGCUAGACAUAUCAGAAGUAGAUAGAGACAAGGUUUCAGGACAAGACUCGGCUGUAAUUUACCCCCCUCUCAGACAAUAUAGCCCUCAACCCUGGGUACAGCCAGCUGGUGAUAUCGCUAGUCCAGCAACUGUCCAGAACACUAGUAUUGACAGUAAGCAGAAGGAUUCCCUUGAAAAUAAGAAUGACUUGGAAAACAUUUCUGAGAAAUUUCAAACAGCUGUUAGCCCGCAGAAACCUCCUCUUGUUGAUUCUUUGCAGGAUGUACCGGUAAACUCAUUUGGGAAUAACACUGAUAUGAUUACAGAUGAGAUUACGUCAGCUAAAUUUUCUGAUCAGUUGUUCAACGAGACACUGAUAGGUCCUCAAUCUGCUUCAGUGCCUUCGACUGAAAAUAUUAUUUUCUCUGGUUUGCCGCUUAAUGGUCAGGAAGUAAAAGAAGUUCCAAUAGAGUUUAGGGACAACACUGGAGAUAGUAGCUAUAUGGACAAUAGUGAUAUAUUGUCCUCUGUUUCUGAUAAUUCUGAAAAGAACGUCGUGGAAAAAGAGAUGUUUCAGCCAGACAACUCCGUUCUGUCUUCCCCGAAUGUAGUUGAAGUAAGCGAGCUAGGUGCUAUCAGUGAGCCUAGUCCAGCAAGUACAUUUGAAGUCAGUGAUCUAAACACAUCUUCAGCUUCAACCCAUGGUAUAGAUGUAAAGGUUAUUGAGCCAUCACUCAGUGAAAUUGAUGAAAAUUUAGAAGGUGAAGACUUUGGUGAAGAUGUUGAUGAAUCAUUCUCUGAUUUAAGCAAUGGUGGUGAUGAGUCUCCUCCCAAUGUUGUUGAGACAGUUGAUGUGGACACACCAACUUAUGAUCCAUCUUUAUGGACACCAAUGGAGAUAGCUGCUGCCGCUGGAAAUGCCAAUAGUCCAAUUCUUGAACACCCUUUAAAGCUCAGGAGCGCAUACACAGAAGUGGUGGAUUCUUCUGGGACAAGAGACUCAAAUGGGGAGCCACUGGUGACUAGUUAUAACACCUGUUUUAUGGGAACUGUUGAUUACAUAUGGCGAUCUGAAGGUCUCUGCACUACUAAAGUUCUUGCUCCAAUUCCAAAAGAUGCAAUGCAACGUAGUGGAGGAUAUCCAACAAAGAAAUGGGGAAGUGAUCAUAUUGCUUUGGCUUCAGAAUUGGCAUUCACUAGAAAAACGAAAUGAUUGAUAAUGUUGAGGCUGAGUAGCUGACAUCUGGGGUACUUCCAGUAAGUUGUUACCCCUAGUGAGGAGUUUGAAACCCAAUUAUACUCAACCUGUGACAUGUUUUGGAUGCGAGGAUAUCCUCUUGCGCCCGUUUCGCAUCCUAAAGUGAUGAUGGGAUUGAAGGGAAAGCUGAUUUAUUCAAUAUUUUAUAAAAUAGAGAAUCGGUUUUUUUUUCAGCUGAUACAUUAUAAAGUUUGUACAUUUUUGUUUAUUUUUUGGCAUCUGAUGAAGUCUCCCACUUUUUUUGGAUGGAGGCGAUGAAAUUAUUCCUUGUAAUUGUUUUAAUACUACGUAUGAGGUAUAAGAGCUCGUUGCAAUGGGAUAUAAGAUAAAGUCCCAAUACCUACGAAA